GAAAACUCCAGGUUUUACUGAAGCUGAGUUUAUAUGAUAAAAAGUGUUUUCCCAAACGUAAAUAACCCAACGAUUUUUAAAUUAACUCUUCUAAUAAUGAAAUACGGUUUAUUAAAUUUGACAUUUUCACAAUAUCAUGGUAAACGCCAUUGUAAGUACUCUUCUAAUAAAAGACAGAUUCGGUGCCAAUCAUCCUCGCUGUUUAUUGUUUCAAACCGAUAAGCCCCGAAUGUCUAAUGACGUCACACAGUCUGUUUGGUACUGAAGCAGUGCGGAUGAACAUAAUAAAAUAUUUUUUUACUUCGCUAUAAUUAAACACAAUUCGCUUAAUAUUUCAAUAAAGAUGCCGUCUUGUCAAGCAUUCAAUUGUACUAAUGAAAAAGGGAAGUGUACAAAAAGUUUUUUCGUUAUGCCUGAUCCUUCAAAAAGUGCAGAUAAAAAGAAACUUUGUAAACAAUGGAUCUCGAACUUGAAAAAUGGUAAACUGCAAAUAGAAAAUUUUAAAUUUAGCAGUAGCAAGGUUGUUUGUUAAGACCAUUUCACGCCCGAUUCAUUCGAGAGAAACCUGGUCAAAGAAUCUUUGGACUUCUUACCAAAAAGAAAAUAUUUGCGUCAAAAUGCAGUGCCGACAAUUGUCAACACCGGAAUGGACACCAGAAAAACACAGGAACGAUCGACCAAAUCUACACAAAAACGUCGAAGUGCACAGGUCAAAGAAGAGAUUAAGCUGUUUAAAAAGAAAAGAAAAGCGGCAACAUGUUCUACACCAUCAGUCAGUUCAGAGACUUUGACCUUACAGAAUCAGGUCGAGAAAGAGACUAUACUGUCUAUUGAAAACCCAAAAGCGGCAACAUGUUCUACACCUCCAGUCAUAUCAGAGACUUUACCUUUACAGGAUCAGAGCAUUUUUUCUGAGCCCCAUGGAGAAUGCAGUGGACAAAUUGAAGUUCUUGAAACAGUAGAAUGCAGUGGACAAAUUGAAGUCCCUGAAACAGAAGACAUGGUAGAAUUGCACAGUCAGGAACCACCAAAUUCGUCUUCCAUUUUAUCAGUCACAUAUUCAGGAAACGCAUGUGGUCAUCCAUGUAUGAUGUGUUUGCAAGCAAAUAAAAUCGAGUCAUCAAUUCUAACAGCAGAUCACAGCUACACCAAGCGAAUUGGACCAUCAACUUGUACAAUAGGAGUAAACACUGAUAUAACCAUGGAAACAACAGACAAGACUUUAGCUAUUUGGCCAUUAACUCCAAUACCUAAGAUACCUCCGUCCUCAAUCUCAACUCCAAUAAAAGAGAAUGAUAUUUUCAACAGCUCAAUUGCAAGUCAUUCUUUCAGUGAUGAUAAGAAUGACUUGACCUUUGACAUCGACCGUGAUAUCCAAAAUUCUGAUGAAAAUGAAGGAAAUGAGAGCAUAGAUUCAGAUGAUAGUACUGCAGCCUCUGAUACUCAAGCUUGCAUUACUAAUCAAAGAAAAUUUAUUGUUUUUGAAACCAAACUGGAUCAACUCUUUGCUAGGCUUAAAUGUGAUGAGUGCAACUGUCCAGUAGAUUUGUCAGACACUAAAAAAGAUUGUUCAUCUGGUACCAUCAUCAGAGUUUCUGUGUUCUGUACCAGUGGGCAUCUUGUCUAUAAGUGGUUAUCCCAACCUCUCAUAGGCAACAUGCCAGCUGGCAACUUACUAGUCACUGCUGCUACAAUGUUAUGUGGUCAAACCUACACACACAUAGCCCAAUUUGCUGAGUUCAUGAAUUUAAAAUUUAUUGGAAGUUCAACCUACUACACCAUACAACGAGAAAUUAUUAUGCCAGUUAUUGCACACACAUGGACGGUUAUACAGGGAAAAUUAUUAGACAAAGUGAAAGCUUCAAAUAGACCACUAAGGCUUGCAGGAGAUGGUAGGUGUGAUUCACCUGGUUUCAAUGCCAAAUACUGCACAUAUUCAUUACUUGACAUUGAAACACAACACAUAUUGGCUUUUGUCACUAUCAAAGUUACUGAAACUGGGAGUUCCUCUAAGAUGGAGGUAGAGGGUUUCCGUCGAUGUAUGGAGUACCUUUUAGACAAAGGUUUUCAAAUUACUGUUCUUGCAACUGAUCGACAUGUCCAGAUAAGAAGUGUGAUGAACAAACAAUAUCCUGAGACUGAACACCAGUUUGAUGUAUGGCAUUUGGCAAAAAGUGUACGCAAAAAACUCCAACAAAAAGCCAAACUGAGGGGAGCUGAAGACCUUGCACCAUGGAUUAAGGCUAUUUGCAAUCACCUAUGGUGGUGUGCAAGCAAUUGCAACGGGGAUAAGGAAUGGUUAGAGGAAAGCUGGGUUUCAAUCGUUCAUCAUGUGAUAAACCUGCACACAUUCGAGGGCAAGGCAGUCACAUCCUGUGCACACGAAGAGAUAACACCAGCUAUAGCUGAAAAAAAAAGGUGGCUUGUGAAGGAUUCGAAAGCACACAAUGCUUUGAAAGAAGUUAUCCUUAAUAAACGGUUAAGGAAAGACAUUAAACAUUUAAGCGAGUUCUGCCACACUGGAAAUUUGGAGGUGUACCAUAGCUUGCUUUUAAAAUAUGUUCCAAAGCGACAAGAAUUUGACUUUGACCAGAUGAAUGCUAGAACAUCGCUAGCAGUAAUUGACCACAAUAUGUCACAAAACCGUGGAAAAAAAAUUGACGCACAAGGAAAUGAAGUGUACAAAACUGUGUACUCAAAGAUAACAGCAAAAUGGGUAGCUAAACCAGUGUAUAACACUAAGACAUAUAAGUGGGUAAACACAAUGAUGAAAAUGUGUGUUUUGCAAAAGGCAGAGAUGAUCUUUCCCAAAAUUGACACAAAAAAUCAGGGCAAUAUUGCACCUGUACCAGCACCGGAAAAGGCUGAACUAGUUCAUAAUCUUAUUUCAAGAUUUAACAAAGUUUGUGAUUGAAUGUGAAUCACAAAUAAAUAAAUGAGUCAAAUUAGAGCAAAUAUUUUUUAAAUGAAAUUAAAAAAU